CACAUCAUCAAUGCUGCUUGCUGACCCUGCACAGCGGAGGAUGCUGGGAAAUAGCAAGCGUUUCUUUGGCAGCAUGGAGGACAAAGAUGGUGAGGAUGAAGAAGAUGAAGAGGAGAGAUUAAGGAGAGGAACACAAAACGGCCUGAUAGAUCUGGUCGACAACCGAGGUGGACGCAAAUCAGAUGGGUCCAAGCCAGCGGCCGUUGUGAUUGGCUGGCAGCGAGGAGAGAGGCAGCCGAGGGCAGUCAAUUCAGCCCAAAGAGGAAUUCCUCAUUUACCCAGUCAGCCGACUUUGUAUCAUCAAACGACCAAUCAGCCGAUGUAUCACCCGGUCCUGACCAAUCAGCAGGCUCGGAGGCGUGUCAUGGAGAGGAGUAUGACUGCGGUCGCGCCUGUAGAAGACUCACACCUCGCCGUUAUUGUGUUUCGCAUUGGCAUACCUGAUAUCAAACAAACGAAGUGUUUGCGCUUUGAUCCCGAAUCCACUGUUUGGAGUGCAAAGCAACAGAUUAUUUGUUCUCUCAGCGAGUCGUUGUGGGACGUUUACAAUUACGGCCUUUUCCAGCCAGCUGGAGACGGAAGGGAUGCCAAGUUUCUGGAGGAAGAGCGUUUGCUGGGUGAAUUCUCACAGUCUCUGGAGAAGGGUGUGCCCUAUCUGGAGUUCCGAUACAAGACACGAGUUUACAAACAGACAAAUCUUGAUGAAAAACAGCUGACCAAACUCCACACUAAGGCCAAUCUGAAGAAGUUUAUGGAUUAUGUUCACAGUGGAGCAGUCGAGAAGAUGACUAAAGCUCUGGAGAAAGGACUGGAUCCAAACUACCAUGACACUGAGACCGGAGAGUCUCCGUUAACCCUUGCGGUUCAGGGGAGUCUGAGUGUGGAGGGGAUUCAGAUUCUGGUACUGAAUGGAGCUCAUAUGGAUUUCCGGUCUAGAGAUGGACUCACACCCCCGCAUAAAGCAGUCAGAGCACACAACCAAUCUGCGCUUUUGGCUCUGCUGUCUAUGGGAGCUUCUCCAGACUACAGGGAUCGCUGUGGUCUGACGCCGCUCUACCACUCGGUGCUGACAGGGGGCGACACAUCCUGUUGUGAAACUCUGCUGUAUUAUAGAGCACAGCUGGGAGUCAGAGAUGAAAACGGUUGGGAUGAAUCACACCAGGCGUGCCAACACGGUUUUGCCCAACACUUAGAGCAUCUUCUGUUUUACGGAGCUGACACCACUUCCCAGAAUGCAUCAGGGAACACUGCCCUUCAUAUAUGUGCACUUUAUAACAAGGAGAGUUGCAUGAGGGUCCUCCUUUACCGAGGAGCCAAUAAGGAGAUAAAGAACAAGCAUGGACAAACCCCCUUCCAGGUUGCUGUGAUGUCUGGAAAUUUUGAACUUGGAGAAAUCAUCAAAAAUCACAACGAUGCUGAUGUUGUUCCCUUUUUGGAAACUCCUAAAUAUGCUUCUCACAUUAUGGACAGUGUGCAGAAUCAAGCCAUCAUGGCCGCCCUUCAGCAUCCCUACCCGCUGCUGCGUGCCAAGAGCGAAAACACCAUGACGACAGUCACGGACCCUGCACUUCUGCCCAACGCCGCUACCAAUGCACCACCUGCGCAGACUCAGCGUCGGGCCUCCUUCGCUCAGAGGAGUUCCAGCAGUCCACGGGGAGCUCGUACCCGAUCUCCAUCACGCGGGAGAGAUGGAGGAGAGGUUGAGGAGAAGCCACAGAAACAGCGAGGACGGCAGGGAUGGGUCGGAGGUCAGAAGAAGAAGUUGUACAGCGCUGUUCCUGGUCGUGUGUUUGUGGCGACACGUGCUCACUCCGCACACAGUGAACGUGAGGUCAACCUCAGCAAAGGCGACAGAGUCAAAGUGCUCAGUGUCGGUGAAGGAGGAUUUUGGGAAGGAACGGUGAAAGGUCGAACAGGUUGGUUUCCAGCAGAUUGUGUAGAAGAGGUUCUGCCCCACAACCAGGAGCUGCCGACAGAGAGCCGCAGCGAGAAGGCGAGGAGAAAACUGUUUCGUCAUUACACUGUAGGAACGUACGAAGGACUGGAGGUGCCCAGUGAUUACAUCAUCAAAGAGAAGAGUGUUCUUCUGCAGAAAAAAGAAAAUGAAGGCUUUGGUUUUGUCCUCAGAGGAGCCAAAGCUCAGACUCCAGUGGAGGAGUUCAGUCCGACCCCAGCGUUUCCGGCCCUACAGUACCUCGAGUCUGUGGAUGAGGGAGGAGUCGCGUGGAGGUCCGGUCUGCGGAUGGGAGAUUUCCUGAUAGAGGUGAAUGGGAUGAAUGUGGUUAAGGUCGGUCACAGGCAGGUAGUGAAUAUGAUUCGGCAAGGCGGGAACAGCCUGAUGGUGAAGGUCGUCAUGGUAGCACGAAAUCCUGAGAUGGAGGAAAUGCCCAAAAAGAAAGUUCCUCAGCAAAGUAAGAGACUGACACCUCCAGCUAUUGCACUUCGCUCCAAAUCCAUGACUUCAGAGCUGGAGGAGAUGGCAGCUUCGCCGUGGAAGAAGAAACCAGAUCACACAGAGAGCUCUCAAGUGCCGGAAAAGAAGAGAAGUGUCUAUCAAAUGGCUCUUAAUAAGCUGGAUGAGAUUCUCGCUGCUGCUCAACAGACUAUUAGCACAUCUGACUCUCAGGGUCACAGGGGUCACGGAGGAAAGAAGGAACGAAACAAGGGCUUUAAUGCUAAUGAGCAAAUGUUUGAACAAUCAAAUGUCGGCAUGAUGUCAUCAGGAUCUGGGUACGGUUAUAAUCAAGCCCAGUUUUCAUCAGGCCAUUCAACUCAGCGUGCUAUGAUGAUGCGUCAGAAAUCUAUGGUGGUGACCGAAGAUGAGAGGGUACAACUGCAUCCUCCUGCUAUGAAGUUGUCCCGCAGUCUUUCUGUGCCUGGACCAGAGGACAUCCCCCCUCCGCCCGACACCUCAGCGCCUGAGCCACCGCUUUCUGCUGGUGGUUACGUAGACAGGAGAUCUGCCCCAACACAUUUUUAUCCUGCUGCCCCUCUGCCUCCAUCACACCACUUGCCUCACAGCCAGACACAACACAGAGUCCCACCCAACCGAAGGGCAGAAACUGAUACCAGCAAGAUGAGUGGAGCAAGAAUGGGUGGCCUGAGGCGUGGCUACAGCAAUGCAACACCCCCCUCUGACAUGGGCAGCAAGCAGUCCACCGCACAGCGUAACCAAGUGCCCAUGGUGGCCAAAGUUGCAAGUCGACAGGGUGGGAAGGGACUGUUGGUGAAGCAACGUAAAGUUGAGGAAACAACUGGCAAAGUGGAGAAGAGUUCUAUUUCAAUUCCAACUAUUAUUGUUAAAGCACCAUCUACUAGCAGCUCGGGGCACAGCAGCCGUGCAAGCAGCGAGGAUACGGAGACACCCGCUGAGCUUAAUGAGGGACAGGUGGAGGGAAAGCCUCAAAACACUCCUAAACCCACUCCACCCCCACAACCUAGUAUGCCAUCAAAGCUGGAAUCACUGGGCAGGAGCACAGCGCAGCAGGAACGUGAACGCUACCGUAGGCGAAGCACCUCUUUCUACUACUCCUCUGAGGAGGACGUCUUAGAUGAGCAGGAAUCUACACAGACUUCAGUGGAGCCUAGCUCCUCCACUCCUCGUUUACGCCCUUCCAAAUCUAUCGAUGAAGGGUUGAUCUCUGGUGACGCCUUAAGCAUGCCGCCUGCAUUUGGGUUGCCGCAGUAUGCGUCAGCUACACCUCAUCAGGCCACUACCUUUAUCCACCCUUUGACAGGGAAGGUAUUAGACCCGACGAGUCCACUUGGACUCGCACUUGCAGCACGAGAGAGAGCACUUAAAGACGAUCGCCGUACACGUAGAGAAGAUCGUCACUUUGGUCGCCAGCUGUCCAGCACUGGAGCCUUUCCAUCUGCCGUUUCCCCUUCCAACCAAAAACCAGUGCCUCCUUUCUACAUCUAUCAGUCACACACCUCACUCUACCUUGGUGGCUCUUCUCCAACAGCAGGUGGGACAAUUUCCCAGAGACGCCCACAGUCACCUAGGAUGCUGGAAUUAACUGGUGGUGGGACCGGCACCACGGAAUGGAAUGAUCAGAAUGUUGUGGAUAGAGAUGAAAAGGGUGCAUCCAAGGUGCGUUUUACAGAUAAUCAAGCCAGACAGUUCCAAACUCAUGUUCAGGAACGGGAUAACAGAACCAAUCAGUACCAGACUCAUGUGCGAGACAGAGAAAGGGAGGGGCAUAAAAGGAUACCGCCCAAGCCUCCACCUCGCAGACCGUCUUUUUUAGAUAAGGAAAGUGAAGUCAGCACAGCUGGCAAAAGUCCCAGCAGUGAUUCCCAGGAGGCAGAGAGAAGAAAUGACAGGGGAAGACAGAAAAUGGAAGACAGGAAUAGAGAGUGUGGGAUGGAGAGGGAGGGAGAAAAGGAGACAAAAAGAGGGGGCAAUCUUGGGGAAGGUGGAGAUGUGAUGGUGCUUCCACCUCCUGCUGCAUCUGUGGAUAUAGACGAUGAGUUUGUCUUUGCUGAGCCCUUACCUCCACCAAUCCAGUUUGCUAAUGGAUUAGAAAUUGACCCAUGUGGAACAUCUAAAUACAAUCAACAGCAACAACAGGCGAAUGAGCUGUCAGGAUCUCAGUCACUCCCAGAGCAACAGUCCCUGCAAAUGGUUUCCAAGCCCCCGCAAGACGCCAUGUCCCUACCAGACAUCACUCAUGCUGACUCACAGCAGUCACCAGCCCAUCCAUCUGCUGUUGUACAUCCCUUUCUUUUUCCACCAUCUCCCCUCAUCCCACCUCCCCAGCUGUGUCCCAAAAUACCACCCCCAAGCACACCCCAAACUCAACCCCAAGUCUAUUCCCAGCAUUCAUCACACCCAAACACCAGCCAACCACAACCUUUACAUUCACCACAGGCAGGAGACUCUGCGGCAUCUAGUCUUACAUCUUAUGACAGUGAGGUGGCAAAUCUGACCCAGUCAGUACUUUCUCCAUCUCUUCCAUCUCCCCAAACAUUCCCUUCCUCCAGUUCUCCUUCUGCUCCACCCUCAUCAUCUGAAACCAUGUCACUGCAUCGACCUCAGCCCCUUUUCUGCUUGCCGCAUGGCCAGAGUAACGUUUCUCUUUCAUAUCCCACUGUGGCUGCAACUGCAGCUGCAGUGACCGUCACUGCAACAAUGCCUUCAGAAAGUGCAUCUGUCGUCUCAGGCGACCGACCUACUACAACAGUUAAGGGCCAUGAGUGGUCGGAAACCGUGGUUGAUUCUGGAAUUGAAGAACUGGACAGUCACAGCAGUGAACAUCACAUGGUAAACCUUGCAGAAAAAAGAGAAAGAGGAGGGGCUCCAGGGCAGGAAAGAUCAGUAAAUCGAAUGAGAGAAAGUAUAGAGACUGGAAUUAUAGGCGAUGGAUUUAAAGAAGACCGAAGUGUAUCUCUUGAUUUGUCUCUUUCACAUACUGAGAAAAUCACCCAGAAAACAAAUAGCACUCAGAACAAAGUAUACGUGCAAAAGAGCAAACCUCCAAACCCUCCCCUUGCCAAAACACACAUGCAUAACAUGUCAAAAUUUCACGCACAAACAGAGAACGGUCGAACUGGACCGCUGCUGCAACGGCAGGCUAGCACUGCUCCAAACAUGUACAGGUCAAAUGAAGAGGAGGAGCAUGAACAAGGAAAAGAAGGAGAUAAUGCUGUGAAGAUUCCAUUGUUUAUGGACCGUCGAUUGAACUCCCCUCUGUCCAAUGUUAAGGCCAGCAUCAUUAAUGAACUUAGCAGUAAACUACAACAGAUUGGUGGAUGGCAGAGCCAGGGACCACAGCAAAAUCAUAGGUUGCCAAGUGAUCCCUCAGCCUGUGCACCUCUCCUCCCUUCCUCUGCACAGUCGCUUCAGCAUUCGUUCACUUCAAACCUACCACCAAACUCUUUAACAUCUAACUGCCCAUCUGCAGUUCUAAACCCGAACCCUGUACCCACAGUUCCUCUUUUGACCUCCCUAACCCAAGCCAUAACUCCCAACCCAAUACCUCUCACCCAAAUCCCACCUGCAACUUCUCUCAAAGACUGGUCGCAACUUAACUCUCCUAUUUCAUUUCCUCAUGGGGUUCUCUCGCCUCCAUCAUUACCUCACGCCCCCCUCUCUCCUCUGUCCCUUGCUCAUGCACCCCUGUCUCCACAGUCCUUACCUCAUCCUCCCAUUUCUCCAAUUUCCCUCUCUCAUCCACCGCUCUCUCCCUCCUCUAUCUCCCAUUCUCCUCUGUCUCCAUCUUACUCCCCCUAUCCUUUGUCUCCAAAGCAUCGCUCUAAGUAUCGUGGUAAAGCGUGUGAGUUUCAGUUCUCCGGGCCGGAGCUACGGCGUGCAGAAUCUCAUUCAUACACUCGCCGUCGAGCACCCAGUCCCCUCAUCUCCUGCUCAGACCACCCUCAACCUGGACCUCCACGACCGUCCUCUCUCCCUCUUUUUCCAUCUGCGCCCAUUUAUGGCUCCCCAUAUGAGAUACAGCCUCCUUUAACACCCCCACUAGCAGUAGCACAUCAAUUGUCAGACCACUUUUUCACUCAAACUUCUCCUCUCUUCCCACUUCCAUCCCACGUGGUUCCUCCGAACCCCGUACUGGUCUCCAGCUCUCUCUCCCCCACCAACUACAUGUCCGGAGGUUCUUCCCCUUCUUGUAUGAGCUACCCACCCUUAACCCCACCUCCACCCAAUCAGCCCUUUGUAUCUAAACCUCUCCCCUACUGGAGCAAAUACGAUGUUGCUGAUUGGCUGACAUACCUGAAUCUAUCAGAACACCGGGAACGUUUUCUCGACAACGAGAUUGACGGUUCCCAUCUGCCUUCUCUGACAAAAGAAGACUUCCUGGAUCUGGGCGUGAGUCGGGUCGGGCAUCGCAUGAACAUUGAACGUGCGCUUAAGAGACUUACAGAAAGGCUUUCCUCUGCUUUCUCUAUCUUCACUGUUUCCUCUGAAGGGCAAAAUGAACGUAUGAGAGAUGAAGCGACUCAGAGCUAGAGGAGAGAAUUAUAGAGAGUUAGGAUGAGAUUAGACAAAAGCACUUGAAGUGGCAGGGAAAGACGUCCAGUGAAGGACAGAUUUGGACCGGAUGUGGCGGAUUGGAAAGGAGAAGCGCUCUGGAAUACAUGAACACUCUGAUAGAGUGAAAGCUAAAGUUAUCUCGAGCACAUGUUUGUCUUACCAGUUGAAGCUGGAAGGUCAGACGUCUCGAAUCAAUCAUAGACAGACAGUGAGAAUGUAUUUCCUACAUUGUUUUGGGGAUGACGAGAACAAACAUAUGGUGAAUUUUAUUAAUAUGAUAUCAUG